CAGGGUCCGAGAAGAGGAAGACGACGACCAGCGGUGCCACCUCGCGUCGGCUGCCGAUCAAGCGGCGUUGCGGCGGCCCGAGCAGCGCGUCCUCUUCUCGCCGAUUGGCUGCGCUGUCACGGCGAGCUAGCGGUAGGAAGACGGCCAUGAGGCGCUCCGGGUCUCGCACGCGGGCCGCGCAUUCCGGCGCGGAGCUGUCCGCCCGGCUGAGCUCCCCUAGGCCUUCCGCCUCGUCCCUGGGCGGCGGAAGCCGCACGCUCGUCGGCUUCAGCAGCAGCCGCAGCAGCCCCGGCGGCCCCGGCGGAAGCGUCCAGAAGCGCGUCUCGGCGCACUCGGGCCAGAACCUGGCGCCCUCGGGGUCCGCUUCGCACCGGAGCGCCGCCGGCCAUGGGAAAACCCUGAGCGCUACCGAGCAGGCUCAUCUGCGGAUGCUGUCGUCACGAAGCGAAUCCGUCAUCCAUGACAUGGCGCACUCGUCUGAGAGUAGAAUAGCUUCACAACAGAUGUCCGGGCAUGUCUUGGACACCCCCAUGUCCAUACAAAUAACACCCGUCAGCAGCGGAAUAGGGUCGAUGUUCGAAUCGCGCGCCUCUCGCGAUCAUAGGCUCCGGGACAGGGCCCGAAGCGCAGAGGGCAGCGGAACCUUCCUUGAGCCGCAGCGGGAUGACAGCUCCUUCAGAAGGACGCACCGCCAGAGCGGUUCGCAGACACGGCUGGCCCGCAGGUCCCUCUCGCGGUCUCCCAGCAGCCGCGAGGACAACGGACCACUGCAGGAGCUCGUCGAAGUCGAGACCGAUGGCGCGUUGUCGAGAGAAAGGACAGUUAGCUCACCCGCGAGGUCGGUUAGCUUCCAUGGCUCGAGCGAAGCGAAGCGCGAAGCGACACCGAAGUCUUCCUCUUCGAUCGCAGCGAAUUCUAUGUCCACAAGAAGCCUGCCAAAUGAUGCACAGAGUUCCAGCAGCUCGAGACUGGUGCACAGUGCUCGCGCAGCAACUUCAACGGAGAGAACUUCAAGCACCCUCGGAACUACAGGUAACAGGGGAGCACUGACGUCGCCGUUCAAAACCGUCUUUGAAUCCUCGAAACGGCUCGAAUCUCUGCUGGAUAAAAACAGAACUUCGCCCACCAGUCUGGGCGUGACGUCAGUGACCGACAGUGGGUUUCAAAGACAAACGCACGACGUGCUUGCUACACCACUGAGGCUGUCCUUGUCGGGUUCUGCUACAAAGACGGCAACUGAAAGCACAAAGGUUCGAAGUCAGCAGCAGACUAGCACCACGGCCAUUCGAGACACAGCACCCACAGGCGUAGGUCUACUUGAAAGUACGAACGGUACCCAGGCUACAAAGGCAGAAGAACGCGAAAAACCGCAAGUUGUUAUCACAACGGAGAGAACUGCGACUCAGGGCCCAGGAUGGUCUCAUUCAAGAGUCAAUCAAGAGUCAAUACACCAAACUGGCUUUCCGUCGAACACGAUAACUUCUACAUCAACAGAAACCGAUACAACGGGCAAAACAUUAAGUGAUUCCACAAACGAAGGCGGUUUUCAGAACAAGCUUCUAGACAGGCCAGCAUUUAGUGUUUUAGGUUCAAGUGAAAAGUCUAGCUUUUUUACAAGUUCUGCUCCGAAGAAAACAUCUUCAAACACCGUGACACAAGAGUCCAUACGCCAGAGUACUUCUUUUUUAGACAAGACCGCUGGCACGAUGGCACCCACAGGUAUCGAAGGCACGACAUUAUCUACAUCCACAAACCCGGCUGAACUUGGUCAGGACGUUUUUGACAAAUCAACAGCACCAGCCGUGCAUGACUUCCGCGACAGGCCUAGUACAUUGGCUUCUGGUACCUUAGAAAGAAGAAUGUCUUCCAAGUCUGUUGUCCAAGAGUCCGUGAAAAAUCCGGAAUUAUAUUCUGCGAAAGCCGCCACAGUCACCUCUAAAGGGUCGAACGAGAGCGAUAACCUCUUCACGAGUUCUUUACCAAAGGCGUCUUCAAAGUUGGUGGUACAAGAGUCUGUACAUCGCACUAUUUCUUCUCAAAAACCGCCGGGCAUCUCGACGAAUGAUGUAAAGAUCAUGGAGUCGACUGCUGCUUCAGGAAACGAGAAUGCACUUCAGCAGACCACCCUUGACGAGACCACGCAGUCAACGUUGCUAGACCGACAUUUGAGCGGAGCGACUCUUGUAACCUCAGCUCCAGAAAGAACAUCUUCGAAGCCGGUCAUUCACGAAUCAAUGCGUCGAACAAUUUCUUCUACUAAGCCACCUGACGUACAGGUUUCUGCGGACACAAAAGAUGAAACAUUCAGCUCAUCUGCUGUUCAAGACCUGGUUCAGCAGAAACCUGCAGAAACAGAUUCAAACAAUUAUUCGCUCUCCGCAGGAGCUCAGCUGAUUAAGACGAAAAAAAUAAGUACGCGACAUAAGACCAACGAACCUGUUCAGCACUCAUUCUUUGAACGAAUCGAAGGAUCUAACUAUCAGGCAAUUGGCAGCACCCUGCAACGCGGCCAGCUUGUGUCAUCCGGGGGUAAAUACGAUUUCAAGGAGUUUCAAGUCACGGCAAGCAGCGAACCCACACAAGCUACUGUCGAAAUUGCUCGCGAAUGUGAAUCGCUUCCUGAUAAAGCCCCUCAAGACUUGAGUACGGAAUAUGUCAGCGCACACAAAGAGAAGCAAGUGGAAGAUAAAGCCGAAAGUACAACAGCUGUAGCGCUAACACCGCUUCCAGAGCUUUCACUGAUUGGGUCGACCCCUAAGGCAUCGUCUGAAGAAAUUCGUUCAAGCGAGACUGAGCGACCUGUUUGCAAAGUCACCGAUCGAGAUGACGCGUUACAAUGGCCCGCCCAUCUUGACACUACAGUGCGUCAUAGCACUAGGCUGGGAGAAGCUGCCGCCCUUUUCGAUGCUCCUUCAGACGUCGUGCACACUGGGCACAGCGAAAUCAAAGUACAGUUUUCUGAGAACAAAGAGAUGACCGAGCAGGUAAGACAGGCCGAGAAGCAGGAGGGUGGUUACGAAGAAGUUUCUGGAAGGAAAAUUUACGACACAGCUAUGCAAGAAGGCACCGCUCCCGCGCCAGUAAGCGAGGCGCUUAUAAAGCCCCAAAUGGCUCCUAUUGCGUACGGCACUGAACAAGAAGAGCGGGUCAGUCAACCGACAAAUGAUAACCCCCGCGUAGAUAGCAGCCUCCUACAGUACACCCCUGACGACUACAUCCUGACUGAGUUAGUUCGUGAAGUGGAAAAGAAGAUCGAAGCUAGCUCUCGUUACCACGUCGAACCUCUCCCUGAUGACGUGCUCACGAUACGAUCAUCCAAAGGAAUCGAGUCUCUUGGCCGGCUAAUGUACGAGACAUAUGAAGAGGAGCUCCUCAUGCGACGCAGUGAGGACGAUCUGUCUCAAGAACAGGAAAGGUCAACAGCAGAAGCACUUGAACAACCUGCGACCGCAGUGCAACAAGCUGUCAUGGGCCUUGACCAGGAGGGAUAUGCGGGGGUCCUUGAAGAAUAUUACGAAUGUAUUGAGAAAAGACAACCAGAACCAGAGCCAGAAGAGCCAACCGAAACAGGCGCACAGCCUUCUGUAGAUAUUGGUGAAGAAGUCAAGGCUAAAGUUGAAGAGCACAAAUCCGCUGUUACCACAAAGGCGCAAGAAAAACACCGUUUUCUCGCGGAAGAACACGACCAAUGGGAAGGCAAAGAUGCUGAAAGCAAUGAGGUGGAUGGCAAGGAAGUUUUCUCCGGAAAAUCAUUUGAUGCUAUUCGAGAAGAAAGACGUCGACAGUUCGAGCAGCGUCGGAAUGACAUGCCUGUUUCAAUAGAAAGAGAAGGGAGAACAGUAUCAGUGCAGGACAAGGGAACGCUUGAAAUAGCCCAGAGGACCACUUUGACGACGGAUCAAGGCAAAACUAAACAGCUUCAAGACAAAGUUUUUGUGAAGAAACAUCAAGGUGAACGGACGUCUGAAAAUGCGGUGAGGCGCUUCAUAGCGGCAGCCAUCGAAGAAGCGGCGAAGCGCGAUGAAGCUACCAAAUCCGUUAGGCGAUUUAGAGAGUACCCCUGCUCGGAAGAGGCGUCUGCGAGGAUACGUUCGGGGUCACCAUACACUUCUGCAACUGGCUUAGCUUCCCGCAAAGAAGAGGAACGCCAUCUUGCCGACAUAAAGGUACAGCAAGAGAAAGCCAUGCCACAGGUUGUGGGUUGCAGGUCCAUUGCAGAGUUAAUUGAACAAAUCAUUCAGCAGCACGUCAGUGGAACCGACAUCCACAAACAAGGCAUCGUGCAUCAGAAACAGGUGCAGGCACAGGACUUCACAAGCGCGCAAGCUCCAGGUUUCCCGCCCAACAUGGGACAACAGGAAGUACCUGUCUUUUACCAGACGGGGACGGUUAGCCAAAAGCCAGGUGAUCAGUACAUCAACAACUAUCGCUGCUCUUUGCAAGGCGCUCCACGGAAGAGCGACACCCAGUUGGAGAGCACUUCCCAUACGGACCGCCGGUUCUCGUUCUCAGCGUUGGGCGGCCGCGGCACCAAAUGUGUAAUUCGAAAACUUGAACCUGGAGCUUUAACUUACCUAGUCGAAGUAGCGUCCGCAGAUAAAAACCAAGAAACUCAAACCGAUAUGGUCAUGGCCGAAGAGCAAAUGCUGGUCAGCGAAAUUUUUGACCAUAUAACAACACCUAAAUUGCGUGUGUCUUCCUCAGGCACUAGGCUCAAGGAACUGGCACCAAUCACUGUUUCACCUGCUGAGAGCUUAACUGCCAUAAGGAACGCCUAUGCAGAGGCCGUUGCUUGGCGUGUAUUGCGCAAGCAAUCGCCUCAGGGCACCGAGGGUGUCCUUUCCGACGCGCAGAAGGUGGAAUUUUACGGCAAUAGACAGGGUAUGAACGUUGAAAAGACUGCCUCGUCGACGUCGUUGCAGAGCGCACCUUCUGUGGAAGACUAUUUCGUACAAAGAAUGCUCGAUUUAGGCAUAAUAAGAAACCAGGCGGAACUACGGGGCAAAAAGCCACUCAAUCUCGAGAAUAGAGUCGUCUCGCGGACGUUGUCAACGGGCACAUUCUCCAAGGCGGGCGCGUCGUCUGAAGCGAUUGCUGCGCCACCUCCGACACCAUCACGUAACCUGGAGCACGGAGAGAAUGUCGAAGGAGGAGCGGAGUAUUGCUCAGGCGCGGCCCAGGACUCGACAGCACAGGCCCCUGAAAAAGAAGAGGCUCCGCGGGACGCUGUGUUCGAAGAGGCGAGGAACGUGACUGCCGCAGCGUCGAAUUUUGUCGGAAAUGUGAAGCAGGCGAUGGCAGCAACUUCGGCAGAAAGCUACGAAGAGAAACGUUCGUCGACUGUCGCGUCGAGCGAGAGGUCUACUCGGGAAUCUCGGAGGACAGCCACAACGAAAGCGACUACGACGUCAGAAGAGCAGCGCUUUGCGGCGGAGCAGCCCUCCGCAGCCAGCUUGAAAAGCACCGUUAGCAUCGGUUCGGAGGAGUGCACAUUGUGUAGGAACCGCAUUUCUCCGGAAAAAUCGUUCGAGUCAUUCAUCUGCUUUGGCCUUCACUAUCUGCCUAACUACUUUGCGAGCGUUCCUUCUGAAGUGAGGGACACUGUCAAGCUGAGAAUUGCCACCGACGACGACGUGAGAGAGAUCAUGUAUCUGCCUUGGAGAGAACCGGAAUCCACGUACACACUGCACGCCGCAAUAGUCACGAGGCACCUGCUUUGCCCAAGUAGCUUCUUCGUCGCCGUCGACACCUCACGAGGGCUCAUCUGCGGAGCCGCGAGUGCGCUCGUGUUCGACGAAGAGGUCGCCUUCUGCGGCUUCUGCCAGAUCCGCGAGAACUACGCGUUCGAGCACGUGGGCGUCCUGCUGUGGAACGAGCUGCUGCACGUCACCAGCGGCAAGAACCUGUUCACCCUGCUGCCCGAGCCCGCGUGCCGGGAGCUGCGCGAGGUCUACCCGUUCCCGUCGAACCCCGCGACGGGCAUCCUCUUCGGCGCGAGCCGGUUCUCGCGGGCCGCGUUCGCGCGCACCGUGCUGGUGCUCGAGUACAAGGACAAGUACUUCGACGCUCUCGCCUCGUACGACAAGCACGUGUUCGGCUUCAACCGCAAGCGCUACUUGGCCUCGACCGUGCACGAGGUCGGGCUCGACAUCCGCGUGGCGACGCGCAACGAGCGCAACAUUUGCGGCUACGGCGGCAUGCAGCGGGACAGCGCCGGUCGCCUGGUGCUGCGCUGGCUGUUCGCCGACGACGCCGAGACGGCCGAGUCGCUGCUGUCCAGCCUGCUGGCCUCGUGCAGCCACGAGGACGAGGUGGAGGUGGUGGCCGCGUUCUUCCUGCGCUCGGCUGCCACGCGGCCGAUCCUCGACAAGCUCAGCGCCCGCCAACUCGAGCCGUGGCGCCUCGUGUACACCAAGAGGGAGCCCCUGCACAGCUACGGCAGGGUCGUCUGCCUCACCACCGUCUAGCUGCACGUCGUCGCGGCGGCCUCGACGAGCAGUUGUGGCGGGCGCAAAAUUUUAAAUAUUCGCCUCCCUUUCUUUUUUGUUUGCUGCGUAUAUAUUUGUCAAAACGUAA